AUUCUACGCGUUGAAUUGAAGAGAGCUCAUCGUUCCAAUAAACAAAGGGAGAAUAUACCACAUCAUUACUAGCUCCAAAACUUUUCCAGUGUGUGUUACGAUCUUUUUGUGGCCACAUACCAUGCAUCCGUCUACAGUUUGGGAAGUUUGCUUAUUCGGCCAGAUUGCCAUUUAUCUAAAUCAGUUUUUUUUUGUUCAGAAAUUCACAAUUAUAUUUUUGAUAUAUGUGUGCUCGUUAAUACUGUCCAUAAAGUCAUGUUUUAUUUUAUAUGUCCAGGUGAUUCCAAGUACCGACGCACAACAUUCACAAACACAAGGUCAGACGACGGGAGGUGGCAGCUCAGAAAACAUUCCGACGAGCGAGCAACUGGGCGAUCCACAUUGGCCACGUUUGAUGCUUGCACCGGAAUCUCCAAACUCACAACGGACAGCCGGUAUAUCUCCAACCUAUCAGGGACAGCCACACUACCAUAAUCAGAGGCUUCUGGACCAGUCAUACCAUCACGGCUCUUCUUUCCCCAUUGAAGGUCACAAUGCAUCCGCUGCCGUGGUACAGCUAUACCCAGUUACAUAUGGGUCACCAGGAGUUCUAUUGGCUUUUCCUAGUUCUGCGUCCCCGUUCAGGCAACCACGUUUGAAGUAUACCGGAACUGUACCGGUCCAUUCUCUUGAGGACAUGAUGGGACGUCUCACUAUCAAUAAUCCUUUUGCGAGGAUGAUGAUGCGGACAAGUUGUCAAGCCAUACAUAAAGCUCCACCAAAGGAAAUUGUUCUCCUUGAGGCUGAGCCAUCAGUUAAGCAGAAAAGCUAUGCUCUGGGUGGACACAAUAACAAGGACGUCACCGAGUCGUCCAGCCACUUUGUGGUUGUCGACUUCAAGGCGACCUGCGAGGCGACAUGCGCGGCGACCUGCCAGGCGGGCGUAAAUAGCAACCGGCAGGAGAUCAUCGAGUUCUCAUCCAUCCUCGUCGACGCCGUUACCGGCCAAUCAGUGUCCGCCUUCCACACUUACGUCUGCCCGAUAAUACACCCCGAACUGAGCGAGUUUUGCAAGAAAUACAACGGCAUUCUGCAGACAGAAGUAGAGGCCGGGGUGAUGCUGUCGGAGGCGCUGCAGAUGCACCAAGCAUGGCUGAAGGAGGUAGAGACAAAAAAUGGAGGUCACCUUAGCUUCACUGUCGUGACGUGGGGCACCUGGGACUGCCGUACCAUGCUGAGACAGGAGUGCUUGUUCAAGAAGGUCCACAUUCCUCACUACUUCUACCAGUGGAUCAACCUCAAGAAACCAUUUACGGAGAAGUUUGGUAACAAAUAUUGGUCGGCUCCAGUGAAGACGGCGGUCGAUGAUGUGGGGCUUAACUGGAGGGGCCGUCUAACAGGCGGGAAGAGCCACGCGGACAACAAGGCACGGCUUCUUGAGUUUCUAAUCCGGCAGGGCGCCAAGCUCUACAUCACGGGCGACCUGGAGGGAUGUGACCUUCUACUACUAGGCCCGACGUAGGUUUGUUCCCAUAUCAUUUCCCUUUUCAAAUCAUGUUUAGGCGCCAUGCUCCGUUGUUUGUACUCCAUAAUAAGUUACUGCCAUAUGGAUUGGACUCCCAAGUCUAAUCCCGCCGCAGCAUAAUUAGAUCCGUGCAGCUUCAGAUUUGGUAACGGAAAUGGUUUCGCCCCGCAGAAGGUUUUCCCUGCUGUUUCCAAAUCUGUUAGGAGUUUUAUUGUUUUUCGUUUCUUUUGAGAGUCCGGUUUAGUCUCACCUUGUAAUUGGGCUACUUAUAUAUGGAGUUAUGGUCAGCUGAUGUACUUGAACAUAUUUAUGAUUCUAAA